GCCGCGCGCCCAGAACCGAAAGGAAUAUGGGGGGAAAUGGAUAGGUUACUUACAUCCGCAUGCAAAUCUAUUUCCCGAUACAACUCUUGGCUCUAUCGGCCGUAUAACCCAAGAGGUAUCUACAACGUAACAUACGUACACACACGCACAAACUUAUAUCCCACACAACAUACAACAUGGACAAACUAUUGAAUGCUUCGGUCGUACCACUAAAGUUCCGUAAGAAUGCGCUUCUUACUGGUCAUAUUCCAUAUAAGUCACUUGCCUCAGAUCCACGCAUAUCUUACACGAUUUACGUGCCCGCUGAGGCUUACAACCAACGCCACCCCGACGGAGCUGAACCGGGACCCAAUAAGCUUCCUCUGUUAGUUUCCGUCCACGGAACUAGACGUGACGUUUUUAACGUUUACGAUCUAGUCCCCCUCGCCGAAUCUACCCCGUGCGCCGUACUCUUACCGUUGUUCCCCACCGGCUUAGACGGACCCAAUGAUAUCGACUCUUACAAGCUAUACCAGUCUAAAACCGUUCGUCCCGACCUCGCCCUACUGUCAAUGCUAGAUGAGGUGGCAACCAGGUGGCCUGCCAUCGAGACCGAUAAAAUCUUUCUCAUGGGAUUUAGCGGUGGUGGUCAGUUCUCCCACCGGUUCUUGUACCUGUACCCCGAGAGGUUGGCUGCCGUAAGCAUUGGUGCUCCAGGCCGUGCCACGUCCCUAGACGAAGACCAAAACUGGCCAGCAGGUAUCAAGGAUGCGGAGAGCGUCUUCGGGAAGGCCGUCAAUAAAGAACUUAUCAAAAAGGUCCCCAUCCAUCUUGUAGUUGGAGACCAGGACACCGAACAUCACGGCGGCGAGGACUUCUGGGUCUGGGUGAAGGAAUACAUGAGCCAACCAGGUGGCGGAGAAGAUGGACCGCAGACUAUCGAGCAAGGAAGACUGAAGACUAUCCAGGAUCUACAGGACUCGUGGAAGCGCGAGGGUAUCGAGUCAAAGCUCGACAUCGUUCCAGGAGUGGCUCACAAUGCUCGUGGUGUUCGCAGCCUCGUACUGGACUUCCUGCUACCCCAGAUUCAGAAGAAGCUCAGCAGCUAGACGGAGACAUCAGAACACAGCUUCGAUUCUGCUUUAGCUGGCCGCGAUACUUAUUUUUAGCAUGAUUCCACGUAGGUAAUAUGGGUGGGCCUAACUCCACCAUUGAUAAUAUCUAUCUAUCAGGUAGCUACUAUGUGUGAAGUCCGAAAUUACACCAGGUAAUCCUAGUGCACACGUGUUGGUUCGAGGUGGAUUUUUACUUCAAACGCUGAAUAGACAUUAUUAAGAA